AACAAUGCUGACAGGACUUCAGUUGAUCAGUUGAGUUCAUUUUGAUGUUUGGUUCAGUUAAUGAGUUGAGUUCUUAUAGUUUAUGCUGGUACAGGGUUCAUGCAACAUGUUUUCUUAGGAGCCAACAUUAUUGGCAUUUUUUGCGAAGAUUAAAACAACGCACCCGUAGCUCGGUUAUUAUUUAUUUAUCAGCCAUUUUUCUUAUUGUUUUCGUAAAGAAGUGAACCUAGAAAACGUGUUUAAGUCUAAUUUAAUUAUCUAAUGAAAAUUGGUUUUCAAGCUUUUCAAGAAGGGUAAACUGCACAGUUAUUGGACACUUAAGAAAAUUGCACAAUCGAACUAUCAUUUGUUCUAGAUGCAUCUGACUCAAUAAGUCCUGCCUUCUUUAACGACGAAAAACUAUUUAUCAAUGCUCUUGUUAACAAAUAUACUAUCAGUUCUUAUGGAAAUAAGGCAUCUGUUGCAUUAUUCUCAGAUAAAGCAGUAGAAUCAAUUUACUGUGAUCAAUACCAGGAUGAGAAAUCUUUCAAAGAAGCAGUGUUAAAACUUGAGCAAAUAGGUAGAUACACUAAUAUUGAAGAUGGGAUAAUUAAAGGACAAAGUUUGUUAACAAAAAGGGGAUGCGGAAACCGACCGAAUGUCAUUAAAAUCAUGAUUAUUCUAACAGAUGGCAACGCAAACAUAGGAAAUUCAAAAAAUUUUUCAAAUGGUCCUAAAGAUCUUGCAGUUGCAGCAAAGUUGGCAAGAGAUUUUGAUAUAACAGUUUUUGCUGUUGCUGUAGGAAGCAAAAUUAAUAUGCAGUACUUACUUUUGAUAACAAAUGACACAAACAAAGUUAUAAAAUCAAGCAGUUUUGAUCAACUGCUUAAAACGAGUCCUCUAAAAAAUUUAUUUCCAAACUGUAUAUUUAAUACAACAGCAAGCACAAACAUUAUUUCAUCACAAAACUCGACCAGUUAUGCAACACAAACAACUAAGGUAGAAAACAUAUCUACAACACUAAUAUCAAAUCUAUCAAAAUUUACAACUAAAAAUAAUGAAAUAUUAGAUAAAACUAAAAAUUUAAUAAAUCAAAUAACGACAACAUUUAAAUCAAAUCCAAUACCUGUUACAAGAUCUACAUUUAAGCAGUUAACAGCACAAUCAGCAACAACAUCUGAAACAACACCCAAAAAGCAAGCAACUUCAACUGAUUCAUAUAAUAUUUCUUCAACACUAAUAUUUUCUGGUUCAGAACCUUCAACUCAUACCACUAAACAGUCAAUAACAACAGAAGAAGAAGCAGCAAAUAUUAGCAGCGCACCAUCAUCUGAAUCAAGUCCUGCAACUGUCACUAGUUUCUUAUCAGAAAAAUCUACAAAACAGUCAGCAACCUGGUCCAUACCUCAAACUAAGAUGCUUGCAACUUCAACUGAAUCAGAAAAUAUUUCUUCAACCCUAAUAUUUACAGGUUCAGAAUCUUUAACUCAUAGCGCAGAACAAUUAGUUACAACAGAAGAAAUAGCAAAUACCAGCAGUGCACCAUCGUUUGAAUCAACUCCUAAACAUGUCCCUGGUUCUACUUCAAAACAACUAACAAAAGAAUCAGCUACAUCUACUAAAACAACACCUAAAAAGCCUGCAACUUCAACUGAGUUAGAAAAUGUUUCUACAACACUAAUGUUUACUGGUUCAGAACCUUCAACUCGUACCACUGAACAGUCAAUUACAACAGAAGAAGAAGCAGCAAAUACUAGCAGCGCACCAUCAUCUGAAUCUAAUCCUGCAACUGUCACUAGUUUCUUAUCAGAAAAAUCUACAAAACAGUCAGCAACCUGGUCCAUACCACAAACUAAGAUGCUUGCAACUUCAACUGAAUCAGAAAAUAUUUCUUCAACCCUAAUAUUUACAGGUUCAAUAUCUUUAACUCAUAGCACAGAACAAUUAGUUACAACAGAAGAAAUAGCAAAUACCAGCAGUGCACCAUCGUUUGAAUCAACUCCUAAACAUGUCACUGGUUCUACUUCAAAACAACUAACAAAAGAAUCAGCUACAUCUACUAAAACAACACCUAAAAAGCCUGCGACUUCAACUGAAUUAGAAAAUGUUUCAACAACACUAAUGUUUACUGGUUCAGAACCUUCAACUCGUACCUCUGAACAGUCAGUUACAACAGAAGAAGAAGCAGCAAAUACUAGCAGCGCACCAUCAUCUGAAUCUAGUCCCGUAACUGUCUCUAGUUUUUCCUCAAAAACAUCUACAAAAGUGACAGCAACCUGGUCUGAGUCAAAAACUAAGAUGCCUGCAACUUCAACUGAAUCAGAAAAUAUUUCUUCAACCCUAAUAUUUACAGGUUCAGAAUCUUUAACUCAUAGCACAGAAGAAUUAGUUACAACAGAAGAAAUAGCAAAUACCAGCAGUGCACCAUCGUUUGAAUCAACUCCUAAACAUGUCACUGGUUCUACUUCAAAACAACUAACAAAAGAAUCAGCUACAUCUACUAAAACAACACCUAAAAAGCCUGCGACUUCAACUGAAUUAGAAAAUGUUUCUACAACACUAAUGUUUACUGGUUCAGAACCUUCAACUCGUACCUCUGAACAGUCAAUUACAACAGAAGAAGAAGCAGCAAAUAUUAGCAGCACACCAUCAUCUGAAUCAAGUCCUGCAACUGUCACUAGUUUCUUAUCAGAAAAAUCUACAAAACAGUCAGCAACCUGGUCCAUACCACAAACUAAGAUGCUUGCAACUUCAACUGAAUCAGAAAAUAUUUCUUCAACCCUAAUAUUUACAGGUUCAGAAUCUUUAACUCAUAGCACAGAACAAUUAGUUACAACAGAAGAAAUAUCAAAUACCAGGAGUGCACCAUCGUUUGAAUCAAUUCCUAAACAUGUCACUGGUUCUACUUCAAAACAACUAACAAAAGAAUCAGCUACAUCUACUAAAACAACACCUAAAAAGCCUGCGACUUCAACUGAAUUAGAAAAUGUUUCUACAACACUAAUGUUUACUGGUUCAGAACCUUCAACUCGUACCUCUGAACAGUCAAUUACAACAGAAGAAGAAGCAGCAAAUAUUAGCAGCACACCAUCAUCUGAAUCAAGUCCUGCAACUGUCACUAGUUUCUUAUCAGAAAAAUCUACAAAACAGUCAGCAACCUGGUCCAUACCACAAACUAAGAUGCUUGCAACUUCAACUGAAUCAGAAAAUAUUUCUUCAACCCUAAUAUUUACAGGUUCAGAAUCUUUAACUCAUAGCACAGAACAAUUAGUUACAACAGAAGAAAUAGCAAAUACCAGCAGUGCACCAUCAUUUAAAUCAACUCCUAAACAUGUCACUGGUUCUACUUCAAAAAAACUAACAAAAGAAUCAGCUACAUCAACUAAAACAACACCUAAAAAGCCUGCGACUUUAACUGAAUUAGAAAAUCUUUCUACAACACUAAUUUUUACUGGUUCAGAACCUUCAACUCGUACCUCUGAACAGUCAGUUACAACAGAAGAAGAAGCAGCAAAUAUUAGCAGCAAACCAUCAUCUGAUUCAAGUUCUGCAACUGUCACUAGUUUCUUAUCAGAAAAAUCUACAAAACAGUCAGCAACCUGGUCCAUACCACAAACUAAGAUGCUUGCAACUUCAACUGAAUCAGAAAAUAUUUCUUCAACCCUAAUAUUUACAGGUUCAGAAUCUUUAACUCAUAGCACAGAACAAUUAGUUACAACAGAAGAAAUAGCAAAUACCAGCAGUGCACCAUCGUUUGAAUCAACUCCUAAACAUGUCACUGGUUCUACUCCAAAACAUCUAACAAAAGAAUCAGCUACAUCUACUAAAACAGCACCUAAAAAGCCUGCGACUUCAACUGAAUUAGAAAAUGUUUCUACAACAUUAAUGUUUACUGGUUCAGAACCUUCAACUCGUACUACUGAACAAUUUAAUACAACAGAGGAAGCAACAAAUACCAGUAGUGUAGAACCAACAGAAGUCUUAAGACUCUCUACAGAGUCUUAUGUAAGUUCAUCCAGUAUUCCGUUCUCUAAAAACUGCAGAUACGAAGUAGCCUUUGUUUUAGAUGCUUCUGAUUCAAUCAAUCCAACCACUUUUAAUGAUGAAAAGCUGUUUGUUGGAAAUUUAGUGAAAAAUCUUGGCAUAUCUGAAAAUGGAAAUAAAGUUUCAGUUGUUUUGUUCUCAAGCAAAGCCACUGAGGCAAUUUACUGUGAUGAAUAUCAAGAUGAAAAAUUAUUUAACAGAGCUUUAAAGAAUCUCACACAGAGUGGACAAUAUACUAAUAUUGAAGAUGGAGUUGAUAAAGGCAAAAACAUAUUACAAAAAAGAGGGUGCGGAGUUCAGGCAGAUGCAUUGAAGUUAAUGGUAGUUUUUACAGAUGGAGCAGCAAACAUAGGAAAUUCUGUAAACCCUAUGAAUGGUUCACAGGACUUGGCUAAUGCAGCAAAAUCUGCUCGAUAUUCUGGAAUAAAAAUAAUUGCUGUUGCUGUUGGAAAAAAAGUAGAAAGUGAUGUUUUACUUGCUUUAACAAAUGACUCUAACCUCAUAGUAAAAGCUUAUAACUUUAGUCUAUUAGAAAAAAAACAUAUAUGGCAAAAUAUUGUAUCGUCUCUUUGUAACAACCAUCCUAUAACUGAGGUGACGCCCAAGCCAUUAACCAGAGCGGAACCUUUAACAACUAAACCAAAACUUAUUCCUACGAAAAACAAUGUUGAAGAAUUAACUGUGUCAAGUCAAUUACCUAAUACUUUUUCAAAACAAUCUACUAAAGAAAUACAGACUACACAGAUAACAAAAAAUUCUCAGUUACUAACAGCAACAACUGAAAUGGUUACAACAUCAACUGAAUUAGAAAAUCUUUCUACAACACUAAAUUUUACUGGUUCAGAACCUUCAACUCGUACCUCUGAACAGUCAGUUACAACAGAAGAAGAAGCAGCAAAUACUAGCAGCGCACCAUCAUCUGAAUCUAGUCCCGUAACUGUCUCUAGUUUUUCCUCAAAAACAUCUACAAAAGUGACAGCAACCUGGUCUGAGUCAAAAACUAAGAUGCCUGCAACUUCAACUGAAUCAGAAAAUAUUUCUUCAACCCUAAUAUUUACAGGUUCAGAAUCUUUAACUCAUAGCACAGAAGAAUUAGUUACAACAGAAGAAAUAGCAAAUACCAGCAGUGCACCAUCGUUUGAAUCAACUCCUAAACAUGUCACUGGUUCUACUUCAAAACAACUAACAAAAGAAUCAGCUACAUCUACUAAAACAACACCUAAAAAGCCUGCAACUUCAACUGAGUUAGAAAAUGUUUCUACAACACUAAUGUUUACUGGUUCAGAACCUUCAACUCGUACCACUGAACAGUCAAUUACAACAGAGGAAGAAGCAGCAAAUAUUAGCAGCACACCAUCAUCUGAAUCAAGUCCUGUAACUGUCACUAGUUUUUUCUCAAAAACAUCUACAAAAGAGUCAGCAACCUGGUCUGAGCCAAAAACUAAGAUGCCUGCAACUUCAACUGAAUCAGAAAAUAUUUCUUCAACCCUAAUAUUUACACGUUCAGAAUCUUUAACUCAUAGCACAGAACAAUUAGUUACAACAGAAGAAAUAGCAAAUACCAGCAGUGCACCAUCGUUUGAAUCAACUCCUAAACAUGUCACUGGUUCUACUCCAAAACAACUAACAAAAGAAUCAGCUACAUCAACUAAAACAACACCCAGAAAGCCUGCAACUUUGACUUAUUCAGAUAAUAUUUCUUCAACACUAAUAUUUACUGGUUCGGAACCUUCAACUCGUACCACUGAACAAUUUAAUACAACAGAGGAAACAACAAAUACCAGUAGUGUAGAAACAACAGAAGUCUUAAGACUCUCUACCGAGUCUUAUUUAAGUUCAUCCAGUAUUCCGUUCUCUAAAAACUGCAGAUACGAAGUAGCGUUCGUUUUAGAUGCUUCUGAAUCAAUCAAUCCAACCACUUUUAAUGAUGAAAAGCUGUUUGUUGGAAAUUUAGUGAAAAAUCUUGGCAUAUCUGAAAAUGGAAAUAAAGUCUCAGUUGUUUUGUUCUCAAGCAAAGCCACUGAGGCAAUUUACUGUGAUGAAUAUCAAGAUGAAAAAUUAUUUAACAGAGCUUUAAAGAAUCUCACACAGAAUGGACAAUUUACUAAUAUUGAAGAUGGAGUUGAUAAAGGCAAAAACAUAUUACAAAAAAGAGGGUGCGGAGUUCAGGCAGAUGCAUUGAAGUUAAUGGUAGUUUUUACAGAUGGAGCAGCAAACAUAGGAAAUUCUGUAAACCCUAUGAAUGGUUCACAGGACUUGGCUAAUGCAGCAAAAUCUGCUCGAUAUUCUGGAAUAAAAAUAAUUGCUGUUGCUGUUGGAAAAAAAGUAGAAAGUGAUGUUUUACUUGCUUUAACAAAUGACUCUAACCUCAUAGUAAAAGCUUAUAACUUUAGUCUAUUAGAAAAAAAACAUAUAUGGCAAAAUAUUGUAUCGUCUCUUUGUAACAACCAUCCUAUAACUAAGGUGACGCCCAAGCCAUUAACCAGAGCGGAACCUUUAACAACUAAACCAAAACUUAUUCCUACGAAAAAUAAUGUUGAAGAAUUAACUGUGUCAAGUCAAUUACCUAAUACUUUUUCAAAACAAUCUACUAAAGAAAUACAGACUACACAGAUAACAAAAAAUUCUCAGUUACUAACAGCAACAACUGAAAUCGUUACAACAUCAACUGAAUUAGAAAAUCUUUCUACAACACUAAAUUUUACUGGUUCAAAACCUUCAACUCGUACCUCUGAACAGUCAGUUACAACAGAAGAAGAAGCAGCAAAUACUAGCAGCGCACCAUCAUCUGAAUCUAGUCCCGUAACUGUCUCUAGUUUUUCCUCAAAAACAUCUACAAAAGUGACAGCAACCUGGUCUGAGUCAAAAACUAAGAUGCCUGCAACUUCAACUGAAUCAGAAAAUAUUUCUUCAACCCUAAUAUUUACAGGUUCAGAAUCUUUAACUCAUAGCACAGAACAAUUAGUUACAACAGAAGAAAUAGCAAAUACCAGCAGUGCAUCAUCGUUUAAAUCAACUCCUAAACAUGUCACUGGUUCUACUUUAAAACAACUAACAAAAGAAUCAGCUACAUCUACUAAAACAACACCUAAAAAGCCUGCGACUUCAACUGAAUUAGAAAAUAUUUCUACAACAAUAAUGUUUACUGGUUCAGAACCUUCAACUCGUACCACUGAACAAUUUAAUACAACAGAGGAAGCAACAAAUACCAGUAGUGUAGAAACAACAGAAGUCUUAAGACUCUCUACCGAGUCUUAUGUAAGUUCAUCCAGUAUUCCGUUCUCUAAAAACUGCAGAUACGAAGUAGCGUUCGUUUUAGAUGCUUCUGAUUCAAUCAAUCUAACCACUUUUAAUGAUGAAAAGCUGUUUGUUGGAAAUUUAGUGAAAAAUCUUGGCAUAUCUGAAAAUGGAAAUAAAGUCUCAGUUGUUUUGUUCUCAAGCAAAGCCACUGAGGCAAUUUACUGUGAUGAAUAUCAAGAUGAAAAAUUAUUUAACAGAGCUUUAAAGAAUCUCACACAGAGUGGACAAUUUACUAAUAUUGAAGAUGGAGUUGAUAAAGGCAAAAACAUAUUACAAAAAAGAGGGUGCGGAGUUCAGGCAGAUGCAUUGAAGUUAAUGGUAGUUUUUACAGAUGGAGCAGCAAACAUAGGAAAUUCUGUAAACCCUAUGAAUGGUUCACAGGACUUGGCUAAUGCAGCAAAAUCUGCUCGAGAUUAUGGAAUAAAAAUAAUUGUUGUUGCUGUUGGAAAAAAAGUAGAAAGUGAUGUUUUACUUGCUUUAACAAAUGACACUUACCUUAUUGUAAAAGGCUAUAGCUUUAAUAUGUUACUUGAAAAUCGUUUUAUGAAGUCUAUUUCUGAAUUCUGUUUAAAUAAAGCAACACGUUUAUUUACUGGUACUAAAACUGUACCUUUUGAAACAUCAACAUUCUCUUCAUUAGAGAAUAAUUUUACAUUUUCUUCUCAAGUUUCUACAUUCGAAAGCCAUAUUUCGACAAAAGUUGAUUUAAAUACAACGGUUUCAACUGGAGCUUGUGAUGAUCUUUGUCGUUGUUUAUUUAAUGUGUCUUCAUUUCCGAAGUUAGAACUCUCGAAAUCUGAUAUUGAAGCGAUGUUUAAUGGCACAUGCUUUAACGAUAAGUUGUUAGCCUCAAUUAAGUAUGUUUCCUCAAUGACUGGAUCAAUACUUUUCAAGAAAUACAGCUUGGAAACUUGCAGAGAUAAAAUCAGAAUCAAAAUAAAAAAAAAAGAUGAAGCUUGUGUUGAUAAGUUGUUAGACAGAUUUUCAGAAUGCAAUAUUGUCAUUGAUUGCAAGAUCAAAGAUUUUUACGAGAGAGCAAAACAAUCUAAAAAGUUUUUAGAAAAUCUUGUUAAAUUUUCAGAAAAAAGUUAUGAUAUUUUUACAGGUUUAAGCAACUUAAUGAAAUGGAUUGGACUAUGAAACUAAUGUCCACGCAUAUGGAAUGAUAUAAAGUUGUCAUUAAAGAAUUGAACGAUAAAAUAAGUUAGACUGAAAUAUCAACUGUGUGUGAAGUUUUAUAUAUAUGAAAAAAAGAUAUGUUAGUUUAAAAAAUUAGAUUUGAUGGUGGAGAAUCUUCUUAUUUGAUGAUGGAGAAUCUUCUUAUUUGAUGAUGGAGAAUCUUCUUAUUUGAUGAUGGAGAAUCUUCUUUUUCUUCUUGUGAAAUCUUAAGAGUUUUUUAUUAAACUUUGGCAGUUUUUUUUAUUUAUUUUUUAAAUGUUACUGUUAUUUAUAAGGCAAAAGUUAU